UUAACCGACUAAUCAGGAGCUCGCUUGUUGUUACAUUAAAAUGUAGAAAGCAGCUAGCCUGCAGCUGUAAAUAUUUAUAAAUAUAAUGAAUAUAUUAAUGGGUACACUUUCAAAUACACUUCGCCCACUUUUUGCAACUUUUGCAACCGGUGAAUUUAACACAGCUCGAUGAGCAACUGCUGGUGAAUUAACAACGGCGUGGUGAAUCCGCUUUAUGACGGUGCAUGCGGGGCUCAAUUUGACAACGCACCCUAUGGUAUGGGUUGUGAUAUUUGUAGUUUUUUCUAUCUUUGUAGCCGCAUAGAUCUGGGUAAAAGCAAGUGUACUUAAAAACUACGAUUCCCAGAAAUCGGGAGCUGCUGCGGUUGUAUAUCCUGGUUACAGAGGAGCAGGAAGUGCGGCGAAGGAGGCUUGGCAAUGCUGAAGUAUUUUAAAUGAAUGCGCUGUAUUAUCAAAUUCAGUAAGCGGAAUAAUACAGUUAUGGGUGAAGUGAUGAAUGGGGACAGUAUGAAAGGGGUCGUGGACCUGCUGACGUUGGGUAUAACGCGGAUAUUGGAAAGCCGCCCAGGUGUCACAGAUGUGAAGUUUGUGGAGAAGGAGCCUGCCGAGCGCCACGUCAUCUUAUCUUGGGAACUGAAGCACUGCUGCAUCCUGCCUGAGGACCUGAGGGAUUUCUACCUCACCACAGAUGGCUUUCAGCUCACCUGGAGCGCCAGGUUUGAUGGACAGCCCGUGCCGCUGGGCUCCAUGGUUAUCAACAGCGUGUGUGCGCUGAGCCCCCUGUGCGAGUCCCCUCUGUACUCCCUGCCCAGCGCACCCACCCUGGCAGACCUGGACAGCGAGUCAGACAGCGAGGGGGUGGAAAGCCAGCCAGUGAAGCCCCAUUUUGAUUCCCGAAGUCGGAUAUUUGAGUUGGACGCCUGCAACGGAAAUGGAAAAGUCUGCCUUGUUUACAGAAACGUCAAACCACGGCUGGUGGCGCAGCAGUGUGAGGUGUGGUUUCUGGACCGCGCGCUGUACUGGCACUUCCUCACUGAGUCUUUCACUGCCUACUAUCGGCUCAUGGUCACCCACCUGGGGCUUCCUGAGUGGCAAUACCGAUUCACCAAGCAUGGGCCCAGCCCACAGACCAAGCAGUGGUCGUGUCUGUACCGGCCCAUCACUUCCAGCUGUGACCCGCACACCGACCAAGGGGAGCCCUUCCUUAACAAGCUGGAUCCCAACAGAGCCUUCCGGGGCAAAGCCAAGCUGCCCACCCCCAAAAAGAAGAUUGCCACCCAGUCCACAGGGGCUCAGAGAGGGAGGAACGUGGGGGCCAGCGCUGCCAGGAAGUGAGCCCUCAUACCCCCUGAAGAAUUGCCAGAAAGUGACCCCCACAGCAGAGCUGUGCUCAAUUAUAAUUACAGAUACAGCAGAAUUGUUUGCUGAAAUUACAAUUCAAUCAGUUACAAGUAUACAGCAGUAUUUACAGUUACACUAAAAAGUUACAUAAACUACACACAUUAGCAUGUUUCCUCUAUGUAUUCUAAAUAAACAAGCAAUAAUCACAGAUACAAAUACAGAAAAAUGCUACAACCUUUAACCGUUUUAAACAAAUGGGGUCCCAAAAAGUGUUUGAAAAUACAAGGCUAGUGAUUGAAUGACAAAUAAAUGUGUUAUUGAACUGUGAUUGAGCAAUUAUAUGGUAUAAUUACAUUUGCAAUUGUGCAGGCGUGCCAAGGUUUAACUACAAUUACAAAUACAUUGUAAUUGCACAAUUACACUUGUAAUUCACCCCAGGUCUGCCCUGCAUACCACCUUACCCAGAUGAGAGGCUGACAUCCAGAAUGUUGUUUCCUGAGGUCCAGCUUGCCAGAUCCCUGUGCCUCUCCUUAUUAAAAGGAUUCUUCCAGUGCAUGGGUGCUGAUCCAGCACUUUCCUCUUUAAGCCCCGGGAUGCUGAGUGCAGUGGCCUUGUCUUACCAGUUGACCACGUCGCGAUUCCUUUUCAAUUGCUGCAUAAGCGGGUUUGACUUCCCUACAAAGUCGUCUUUGUAAAAUUUCAUGUCUGCUCACCUGUGAUAUGUAUUUAUUUAUCUAUUUAUUAAAGCUGUUUAUCCAGGUGAUGAUUGCAUUCCUU